AUGGCAACAACUCCGGCCAGUUCUUUCGAGGCCCUCAUGAAAGGAGUGACCAGCUGGAAUGUCCCUAAAGAUGCCAUCCCGUGUGAACUGCUUCUUACUGGGGAGGCUGCCUUCCCAGUGAUGGUGAAUGACAAGGGCCAGGUCCUCAUUGCUGCCUCCUCCUAUGGCCAAGGCCGCCUGGUGGUGGUGUCCCAUGAGGGCUACCUGCUGGAUGCUGGCUUCGCUCCAUUUCUUCGUAAUGCGGUGGGCUGGCUCUGUCCCUCACCUGCGGCUCCCGCUGGAGUGCACCCCUCUCUGCCAUCACUAGUAAGUAUCCUGCAAGCCUCUGGGGUUCCGGCACAAGUUCAGCCAGAAGUGGGGGCCCCCGUGGGAGUUUACUGCAUCAGUGCCUACGUUGACACGAUGACUGCAGAGCUGAUCCAGUUUGUGAAGAGUGGAGGCGGCUUGCUCAUCGGGGGCCAAGCCUGGUAUUGGGCCAGUGAGCACGGUUCUGACAGAGUGCUGUCCCGGUUUCCCGGGAAUGAGGUGACAAGUUUGGCCGGAGUAUACUUCACCGACAUCUAUGGGGACAUAGACCACUUCAAGGUCUCUAAGAAGAUACCCAAGAUCCCACUCUACACCAGAUGUGGGGAGGAUCUCAGGCAGGAUCAGCAGCAGCUCCUGGAAGGGAUCUCAGAGCUGGACUUCAACACGGAUGCAGUCCCCUCCCAGCUGCUGGUUCACGGGGCCCUCGCCUUCCCGCUGGGGUUAGAUGCCUCACUCGGCUGCUUCCUGGCAGCUGCCCGCUAUGGCCGGGGCCGGGUGGUCCUGGCUGCCCAUGAGUCCAUCCUCUGUUAUCCCAAGCUGGGGCCCUUUCUGCUCAAUGCUGUGCGCUGGCUGGCCAGAGGUCAGACAGGUAAACUUGGGGUGACCACAGGUCUAGAAACCCUGUGUGCCCUCCUGUCGGAGCAUGGCCUAGAGUGCAGUCUGCAGCCCCAUCUGACGCAGGACUUGCGUGUCUACUGCUGCACGGCGUACAGUGACAAGGAGGCUAAGCAGCUGCAGGAGUUUGUGGCCGAGGGUGGGGGCUUGCUGAUCGGGGGCCAUGCCUGGUGGUGGGCCAGCCAGAAUCCAGGCCGCUCUGCUUUGGCUCAUUUCCCCGGUAACAUCAUCCUCAACUGCUUUGGCCUCAGCAUCCUAGCUCAGACUCUCCACGCAGGCUGUUUCCCUGUCCCCACUCCCGAGAUGCAGAGCUACCACUUCCGCAAGGCGCUGUCUGAAUUCCAGGCUGCACUGAGCCAUGGGGCUAGGAACUUGGAAAAGCAAUGGCUGGCAAAGCUGGGAGCAGAUGGUGCAGCCUUCCUACAGAUCCCAGCAAAUGGAGUCCCUGCUUACAAAUCUGUGCACCGACACAUGAGGAAGAUACUGCGUCUGUCCGGCCUCCCAGCUGUGAGCCGGGAGCACCCUGUGGCUGGCGACUCCUUUGAGGCUGCAGUGCUCUGCCUGGCCACAGAGCUGGCACGCUCUGGGACUGACUGCUCCCAGCUGGCACUGGAACUUGGAAUCUGCACCUGCAGCUCAGGACACCCCAUCACUGUGGAGAUCGAUGGGAACAACCCAGGCCACUGUGAUGCCUGGGUGAGCACGGGGCUCUACCUCCAACGUGGAGAGAGUGCAAAAGUCUCGCUGUCUGAAGCUGCAGCCUCUGCCGGCCUGAAGGUACAGGUUGGCUGCCACACAGAUGACUUGACCAAGGCCAGCAAGCUGUCUCGAGCCCCUGUGGUGACUCAUCAGUGCUAUCUGGACAGGACCAAACAAUCCAUCUGCAGCCUCUGGGGUGGCCUUCUCUAUGUCAUUGUGCCAAAGGGCAGCAAACUGGGCCCCGUAUCUGUCACCAUCAAAAGGAUUGUGCCUGCCCCUUACUACAAGCUGGGUAAAACAUCUCUGAAGGCGUGGAAAAAGUGUAUCCAGAGGAGCCAGGUUCCCUGGGGAGAGCUGGCAACAGACAAUAUCAUCUUGACGGUGCCGACGGCAAACCUGCGAGACCUGGAGGACCCCGAGCCUGUACUCCGCCUCUGGGAUGAGAUGAUGCACGCUAUAGCCCAGCUAGCAGGCCGGCCUUUCCCCUUCUGCUGUCCCGAGAGGAUUGUUGCUGAUGUGCAGAUCUCAGCUGGCUGGAUGCACUCAGGAUACCCCAUCAUGUGCCACCUGGAGUCGGUGCAAGAGCUCAUCAGUGAGGCACACAUGAGGAGCAAUGGUCUGUGGGGACCCAUCCAUGAGCUGGGUCACAACCAGCAGCGAGAAGAGUGGGAGUUCCCGCCACACACCACUGAGGCCACCUGCAACCUCUGGUCUGUCUAUGUGCAUGAAACGGUCCUGGACAUCCCCAGGGCUAAGGCUCACCCUGAUCUAAGUCCUCCAGAACGAGAGAAGAGAAUCAAAACGUACCUGGAAAAGGGAGCCCCCCUGAAUGACUGGAAUGUGUGGACAGCUCUGGAAACAUACCUACAGCUCCAGGAGGCCUUUGGGUGGGAGCCAUUCACCCAGCUCUUUGCUGAGUACCAGACACUCUCUGGCAUCCCCAAAGACAACACUGGCAAGAUGAAUCUGUGGGUGCAGAAGUUCUCGGAAAAGGUGCAGAAGAAUCUGGCUCCAUUCUUUGAGGCCUGGGGGUGGCCUGUCCAGAAGGAAGUGGCGACCAGCCUGGCCCGUCUGCCCGAGUGGCAGGAAAACCCCAUGCUGGCGUACAUGCAUCGUUAGGAGGAAACGAUGUGCAGCAAGGUGGUGGGGGGAGAGGCAGUUAAGUCAUAAGACAAAGUGACACCAACAUUCUCAGGAAAAUCCCUUGUUACUGUUCCCCGGUUUAUACUUUUGCUCUUACUGACUCGUUUCAGCACCCGAAUCCUCCAGCAGAGGCUCUUACAUCUGUGUGUCUUACGGUCCCGCGGGCUCUCGGCUCC